UUCCAUUUUUAUACCUUCUUUCUCUUCUUCUUCUCCUUUCCUCUUCACUACAUACAUAUCUCUCUCUUCCUUCCUCAACCUCUCUCUCUCUCUCUAUCUCUCAAACCUUUCAAACCAGACUAAACCAGUUGAGCAUCCAAAUCUUAAAAAAAAAAAAAAUGGAUCCGUGCUCUUUCGUACGGAUCAUAGUCGGAAACUUGGCCGUUAGGUUUCCCUCAUCUUCAUCAUCGUCUUCGUCCUCAGGACCGUCUGUUUCUGGAAUCAAUCCAACGUCUCCCAACUGUUACUGCAAAAUCAGAUUCAAGAAUUUCCCACGGGAGAUUGUUUCUACUCCGGUUAUGUUCCGAACUGAAUCUUCUGAUUCCGAGACUCGUUCCUCCUCUUCUUCAACCGUCGCCGCUUGUUUCAGUCUAAGCAAAUCUCAGAUCGAAGCUUCUUUGAAGAAACCUAAGUGGAGCGUUCUCUCCGUUGAGGCUUUUUCCCGUGGAAACACCGACGGUCACGACGACGGUGUUACCACCGGCGCGUCUUGUGGACUCGCUACUGCUGGGGAGAAGUUGCUCGGUAGGUUCGAGGUCUCGCUUGAUUUGAAAUCUGCCGAGACGAAGACUUGUUUGGCUCACAACGGUUGGGUUCCUUUGGGUUCUAAGAAAGGAGGAAGUAAAUCUAAUAAAAGUAAAACCGGAUCCGAUCCGGAGCUCCAUGUUACCGUUCGGGUCGAACCUGACCCGAGAUUCGUCUUCCAGUUCGACGGCGAGCCUGAGUGUAGCCCUCAGGUGUUCCAAGUUCAAGGAAACACUAAACAAGCUGUGUUCACUUGCAAGUUCGGCUCCAGAAACUCAAACUCCGGUGAUCGGAAUCUUCUUCACAGUUCGUCAAUGAUGUCUGAGUUAAUCUCAACGAGAAGUCUUAUAUCGUCGAUGAAAUCGGAAAAGGAGCAACCGUCGAAAGAGAGAAAAGGAUGGUCAGUAACGGUUCAUGAUUUAUCAGGUUCACCAGUGGCUAUGGCCUCAAUGGUCACACCUUUCGUACCAUCUCCUGGUUCGAAUCGUGUGACUCGAUCGAGUCCCGGAGCUUGGCUCAUUCUUAGACCAGACGGUUGCACGUGGAAGCCGUGGGGAAGGUUAGAGGCAUGGCGUGAAGCUGGUUACUCUGAUACACUAGGUUACCGUUUUGAUCUUUUCCAAGAUGGUAUCGCCACCGCUGUGUCAGCAUCUUCGUCUAUCAGUUUGAAAAAUGGCGGGAGUUUUGUUAUAGAUGUCACCGGCGGGACCACGACUACGGCGUCUACGCCGACGACGAGUCCUCAAGGAAGCUGGGAUCUCGGAUCCGGUUCGAGUUCCGGUUCGAGACCCGCGUCGAGACCGGGGUCAGGAUCCGGGUCGGAUUUCGGGUAUCUACUGCCGCAGCACCCGUCGUCUGCGGCGGCGCAGAACAGAGGGUUUGUGAUGUCGGCUACGGUGGAAGGAGUAGGGAAACGGAGUAAACCGGAGGUAGAGGUCGGUGUGACGCACGUGACAUGUACGGAGGAUGCAGCAGCGCACGUGGCGUUAGCUGCGGCGGUGGAUCUGAGUUUGGAUGCUUGCAGGCUUUUCUCACACAAGCUAAGGAAAGAGCUGAGACAGCAAAGCCAGCUUGGUGUCGUUUGACGUGUUUCGCUUUGUCGUUUUUACCAAUUCAUGAGUUGUCCUCCACUCACAAUUUUUUUCUUUAUUUUAAAUGUUUUUUUUUUUUUGAAUUUUCAUUUUAUUUCUUUAAGGUGGUAGCGUUAGGAAAAUUAGCCAGCCAAUUUUUUUUGAGAAGGUGGAUGUCAUCAUUAUUAAAAAUUGUUUAUAUCUUCUUUCUUCUGUACAGCUAAGAAUUGACAGUAACAACUUCAUUACCUCA